AUGGAUGAACUUUUAAUCGAAAAAGUUCGUGAACAUCCGGUUUUAUACAACCAUGGUUCUUCCGAUUAUCGGGACAAACAAAUUAGACAAAAUGCGUGGGAAGAAAUCGGAAAAGAGCUUAAAAUAACAGAAUUUCUGCUGUAUGGACGGAGUAAAUAUGAUUUUAAUGGAAACGCUUCAUCUCCGACAAAAACAUAUGGUAAUGGUUCUCCAUUUUCUAAUAAAGGAUUAGGUUUCGUUAGAAAAAAUUCCUCCGUCACUGGAAGUAAAGAUGAAAAAACACUAGCCAGUUUAAAUAAUGAUAUUGGAUUUAUAGUGGAUAAAGUAGUUUUAACAGAUGCUGAUAAAAAGCUUGUGCUUACUAAUUUGUGGGUACCAGAUGAUUUUUACAAAUUCCCAUUACUCGAAAAAAAUAAGAAACGUGGCCUACGGUUUCAACAUAAGUGGCUGAAAGAAUUUAAUUGGCUGGCAUAUUCUAAUGUAAAAAAUGGUACUUUUUGUAAAUACUGUGUCGUGUUCGCCAGAAAUGGUGGGAUUGGAAGUCAACCUUUAGGGAAUCUUGUUACUGUCGCAUUAACUAAUUGGAAGAAAGCAAAAGAAGUUCAUUCAAAUUUAAAGUACCAUACUUCAUCUGUACUAGAUUCUGAGCAAUUUUUGAAAAUAAUGGAAAAAAAGGAACCUUCUAUAAUUGAACGUUUAGAUAAAAAUAGGUAA